CGCAAAGGUCCGACCUUGCAACCCGAGGUGAGAGGCGCAGACAUGCCUCUUCUCAAGAACAAAGCCGCUGUUAUAUUCGGGAAAGUCUUCACGACGUGACUGCUACAUAGAUGCUACACGGCAAAAGAAGUCAGCCAGACGAAAGAAAAAGGGUUUACAUGGAUGGAUCGCUUCUACAUUGCGUCGUCAACGGCACGAACGUCACACGUCGACGGUGAAGGGAAUUCGAACAGAAUCAACUAUGAUGCGGGUGCGCUGCGGUGCCUAUAGGAUAGGCCUUGACACGUCAAUGAAACGCAAUCAGCAAUGUCUACGAGGGCAGGAGCCAUGCAUCCUGACAGCGGCUGCUCAAAUCUUGAAUGUCACUCUCAUUGGUCACAUUGAUCUCGUAUCGGCCGCAUAUCGCAUCUGGUUUAACUUAAUUGCGCAGCAUCCUCACUGAGGCUUAAUUUGGAGAUGAGACCACACAAAAGCAAGGGAGGGAAGGCGCAAUCAGACACAUUGGUGUAGCGAGCAAGGGUUGGAAUUUAGCCAACAUGCAUACUGUCGCCUAGGGUUUCUUGCUCGAAGAGGAGAUCUUUAUACCUGGCUCUCAUGGAGCGCGCAGACAGUCACUACU